UCGAACCUGCAAGCUGACCCGAGCACGAGAGAGAGAGAGAAAGAGAGAGAGAGAGAGAGAGAGGGGAUGGCCGAGGAGCUUCCGCCGGCGUUUUCCUCCCCCUCUCGUGCCGCCGCUGGCGGCAUCACGGUAAAGGAGUGCGAGAAAAUGAUCCAGAGGAGUCUUCGAACCCCAACGGUGAGAUUCCUGAAGGAGCAGUUGGAGAAGGCGGGGUGUCCGUUGGGGGACAACUUCAUCAAGGCUGUUAACUGCGAAGAGAAAGUCAGUGGCGGUUACAUGCCAGGCUUAGGGAUAGUUGUGUGUAGCAACCAGAUGGACCUCCAAGAUGACGUAAAUCAAGUAGUCACACACGAACUCAUUCAUGCAUAUGAUGAGUGUCGAGCUGCAAAUUUGGACUGGAGUAAUUGUGCCCAUCAUGCCUGUAGCGAGAUUCGUGCCGGCCAUUUAAGUGGGGAUUGUCACUACAAGCGGGAAUUAUUGCGAGGUUACAUGAAGAUACGUGGUCAUGAGCAGGAAUGUGUGAGGAGAAGAGUAGUGAAGUCGGUUAGUGCGAACCCUCACUGCUCAGGAGCAGCUGCAAAGGAUGCGAUGGAAGCUGUGUGGGAUGUCUGUUACAAUGAUACAAAGCCAUUUGACAGAGCUCCGUGAUUUUUUGGUUUCUGGCGCUUGUUGAUGCCCAGUCAAGUGGAAUCGCCAUUCCUAGAAUCUUUCAAUGAACACUGAAUUUCAAAGCAGAUUGGAAAGCGGAUCGAAUCUUUAGUCACAGAAGAAUAGAACAACCUAAAUAAAGUCUCUAUGGCUUCCAUUGUCUUUCCUCUUUUUUCUCUUCCCAAUAACUGUUACAAGAUGAGCAUCCCAUAAAUAUCUAUUGUUUACUGCUUUCACCCGGCAGCAUUGAUGCCAAUUUUUUAGGUCAAAGGAUGACAAGUCCUUGUCCAUGAGGUUUGCUGGAGUAAAACAUAUUGUUUUUGUUUACUGUGCUGAGAAAAGUCUUUACUCUUGUGAGGAAAUUGAUGCUCUUGCUCAUUCUGAGCUCAUAUAAUCUAUCUGGCCUUAUUUGUGUUCUGAAAAGUGGAUCUGUGCUGUUUGAGGGGUUCAUAGAAGCAAAAUGACU